CCAGAGAUCGUUACAUCAGUGCGGCCAACUGAGGCUGAAACGUCAACCACAGUUAAGCCCGAAGCCAUUUCAACAACACUUGAACCAGUGGAGGAGGUUAGCACUGAACUCGUUGCUUCUACCACAUCAACUCCGGUGGCAGAGAUCACCACGGUAACAUUUGCCCCCUUGCAAAAUGUGACCGACUCGUUCACUACUGCUGCAACUUCUGCUCAAUCCGACGAGCUGGCUGAACCAUCCACUCCAUCAUCGUUUAUUGAGAAGCUGACGACGACGCUUAAAUCUCUGAUUACCACAACUCCAUCGUCAAUCGGAAAGGAGGAUGUCACUGAGCAGCCGACCUCGACCAUGUCCUCUUCAGAGGAGCAACGACCACCACAAACAACAACAUCAGCCUCACUGCCAUCUCAAAAUGAGACAACGCCUUUGGCUGAGACUGAGACAGAGGCAACACCGACAACAGAGACACGAGUGGACUUGUCAAUCAGCACUGAGAGCGGCAUUUCCGCUGGUGGUGACGCCUCUUCUACAACUACUACAUUCAGGCCACCUUUCUCGCCAACCAUUUUUCCAGCUUUCCAGGCAGUGACCGAUGGCUUUGCUACUGAGCCGCCAAGGUCGCUUCCCAGCAACAUUACUGAGGGUGAAGCUAUCACCACCACCACCGCCACCACUGUUAGCUCGGAAGCGGAAAAGGAAGCGGAAACCACCACCACCACCGCUCCAGGAGUCACUUCAGUCUUUGAGACAAUCAUCACGACGAUGAGGACAUUUGUCACCGCCCCCACCACACCACAGUCGCCAGUCGGUGAAGAGAAGGAGGUGGAGGAGACUUCGACAAUGCUGCCUCCCGUUGACGAGACGCCCACGGUGAUUAGUACAGUUCAGAAUGUGACCAGUAGUCCUGAAGAAGGAGUGACAGCACUUGGCGAGCUGACCACUACUGAAAAGUCGAGCUCUUUUGAACUGCCAGAGAUGACCACCUCUGAACAGCCAGAAAUUACUUCUGAGAGCACAACUGACACCGCGGAGACUACGACUAAAAAGGUGCCCAAACUUCCGCCGGUUUCAGUCUCCAUCACCACCACCACCACCACCUCAGAAUCGACCUUGAUGAUUGAGACAACGACCUCGGCGUCGUCUACCAAAAGUCCAAUUUCAGACGAGAACUUGGAACUUUCAACAACAGCACAGGAGCCAAAGGAGGACAAACUGGCAACUGAAAGUGGCAUUCUUGAGCCAACCACCACCACCACCACAACUGAAAAGGCGGAGAUUUCACCAGCUGUGACAGAGGUGGUCGCUGGAGUGACCAGUGAGCAGACUUCCACUACAGCACAACCUGAUGCAAUUACAGAGAUUAUAGCUUCCGNAACUGAAAGUGGCAUUCUUGAGCCAACCACCACCACCACCACAACUGAAAAGGCGGAGAUUUCACCAGCUGUGACAGAGGUGGUCGCUGGAGUGACCAGUGAGCAGACUUCCACUACAGCACAACCUGAUGCAAUUACAGAGAUUAUAGCUUCCGCAGAGCUGCCACCCUCAUCCACACUUCGACCUGAAGAGAAGGCGAUCACUGAGGUGGUGGUGACACCGGAGGAGGAGGAGGAGGAAACAACUACAUCUGAUCAGGUGGUCACUGAAAGUGUUCCAUCUUCGGUUUCAACGACACCAGCACCUGCACUUGCACCUGCACCAUCUACCUCAUCAGAGUCGACCGAGCUGAUAAGCGAGGCGGCUACGACUGAGGCAGCUAGUAAGGAGGGUGAUCAGGAUGAGACAACUCCCAAAAUCACGCUGACUAGUACUCCACCGGUUCCGAUCUCUAUCACCACCACACCAGAAUUGACCUUGAUAAGCGAGACGACGACGGCAAAGAGUCCUGGGUUUGAAGAGGAGGAAGAGGCUGUCUCUACAACGACCACGCCAGAGUCCUCUACAUCAACAGCAGCAGCGGCAGCAGCUGUUACCACUGAAGGAGUUCAGCCAGAAACCACUUCUACUGCAGUACCAGUCUCAGAAAAGGAGGCCAUUUCUACGACAGAACCUUCUACAUCUGAAGCAGCUGUGACCACGACAACAGUAACAGCUAAGGAGGGUGAUGAGGAGGUGACCACAAAGGCUAGUGGAAUUCCACCGGUUUCAGUCUCUAUCACCACCACAACUCCAGAAUCGACGAUGAUAAAGGAGACGACGACAACAACAACAAAGAGUCCAGCUUUAGUAGAGGAGGCUGCCCCCUCUUCUACGACGGCAACGCCCGAAUCCUCCACAUCACUCCUUGACAGCAUGAUCACCACUGUGAAAUCGCUGUUCACGACGACUCCAUCGCCAGCUGAUGAAACUUUGUCCACUGUUACAUCUACAGAGGAGCCUGAAUCGGUCACUCAUUCAGUUCUCAAUGUUUCAGCUCCUGAAGAAGGCGGCUUAAAGGACAGAGUGACUGAGGUGCCGAGGACAACUCCAAUGUCAAUUCAGGGGGAGGAAGUGGUGGUGAUGACUGAGAAAAUCGAUUCGGCUGCAACAACAACAGUUAAGCCUGAUGACAGAGUUACUACAGCAGCAGCAGCAGCAGCUGGUACUACCUCAAAGCAGCCAUCAGUCCGUCUGGAUGACCAGGGCGCCGCCACCACUGAGAAGCCCGGCGGAAUGGAAGGUGAUGAUGAGCUGGUGACCGAGACGCUGCUUAAUAUUCCGCCGGUUUCAGUGGCAGUCACGACCACGCCUAAAUCGAUGGUGAUAAGCGAGACGAUGACGACCACUACCACGAGCUUAAUCUCAGAGCAGGAGGUUUCUUCAACUACGCCGCUAAGUCCAGAGAUGAAAAUCACCACCGAGGGCGUCUCGCUUCAGCCAACAACAACUGCAGAGGUUUCGGAGGAAAGUGUCACAACUGGUGAAGGAACAUCGUCUGAGCUUCCAACAACCACUAGACCAGAUGAAGGAGUGACAAGUGAGCUUCCAGCAGCUAAAACAGAGCCUUCAGUCACAACAGAAGGUGUGAUCUCUUCUGAAACAACUGCAACAACUCCAAAAACUCCAGAGCAGGAGCAAGUGACUACUCAAGUUGCUGAACUGCCAACAACACCACAGACAGAGCUUCCAGUCACCACUGAAGGAGUUUCAGUUGUGGCAGGUGUCUCAACCACACUUAAACCUGAGGAGAGAGUUACGACUGAGGGCGUGUCAACGGAAGCUCCAACGUCAAUCGUGCCAGAUGAGGGAACAACAAAGAGUUCAACUGACGAGUUGCCAACAGCAAAGGCAGAGCUUCCAGCAAUGACAACAGAAGGAGGAGUGUCCUCAGAGGCGACAACAACUUUGAAACCAGAGGAGCGAGUCACUGCUGAAACAUCAACGACACUCAAACCAGAGGAGAGAGUGACCACUGAAGGUGUGCCUUCUGAAGCGUCGACAACACUUAAACCAGAGGAUGCAGUGACAACUGAAGCUGCAGUGUCUGAACUGCCAACAUCCAAAACUGAGCUACCGGUAACGAUAACAGAAGGAGGAGUGUCUUCAGAAGCACCAACAACUGCUAAACCCGAGGAAAGAGUAACAACUGAGGGCAUCUCAUCAGAAGCUCCCACGACAGUUAGAUCUGAGGAGGAGACCACAAAGGGUUCAAUUGAUGAGCUGCCAACAGCAACAACUGAAGGAGAAGUGUCUUCAGAGGCGGCCACAACUUUGAAGCCAGAUGAGCGAGUCACUGCUGAAGCUACGUCAAUCAAACCUGAGGAGAGAGUCACAACAGAGGGUGUGUCUUCUGAGACGUCUACAACUGUUAAACCCGAGGAGGGUGUGACAACUGAAGCUGCCGUGUCUGAACUGCCAACAGCAAAGGCAGAACUACCAGUGACGACAACGGAAGGAGGAGUGUCGUCUGAGGCUGCAACAGUCACACCAGAGGAGCAAGUGACCACCGAAGCGUCAUCAUCAGUUAGACCAGAGGAAACAGUGGCUACGACAGAGCCAGUCGUUUCUGAGCUCCCGGUUACGACUGAGGCAGUUCAGAGAGAGUCUUCGACGACACUCAAACCAGAGGAGAGAGUGACCACUGAAGGUGUAAUUUCUGAAGCAGUAACGACACUCAAACCAGAGGAUGCAGUAACAACAGAAACUUCAGUGUCUGAACUGCCAACAACCUCAAAGGCUGAACUUCCAGUGACAACAACUGUCAGACCAGAGGAGCGAGUGACCACUCAAGCCGCUGAACUCUCAACAACAAAGAGCGAGCUUCCAGUGACAACAGAAGCUUCGACGACUUUCAAACCUGAGGACAGAGUUACCACUGAAGGAGUGUCAUCUGAUGAGGGGACAACAAAGAGUUCAAUUGAUGAGUUGCCUGCUGCAAAGGCAGAGCUUCCAGUGACAACAACACAAGGAGAAGAGUUAACAGUUGAGGCGUCAACAACAACUUUGCCACCAGCUCUUCCAGACAUGACAACAGAAGGAGAACUGGCCCCAGAGACAAAAACAACACUGAAACCAGAUGAACGAGUCACUGCUGAAGAAGCAAAGACACUCAAACCAGAGGAAAGAGUAACAACUGAAAGUGUGCUUUCAGAAACUUCAACGACGUCUAGUCUUGAUGAGGUGACUAAAUCACUAAAACCAGUUGAUGAGUUGCCAACAGCAAAGGCAGAGCUUCCAGUGACAACAACAGAAAGAGAAGUGUCAGUUGAGGCGUCAACGACUGCCAAACCAGAGGAGCAAGUCACUGCUGAAGCAACGACACUUAAACCCGAGGAGAGAGUGACCACUGAAGGUGUGACUUCUGAAGCAGUAACGACAUCCAGACCAGUGGAUGGUGUGACAACAGAAGCUGCCAUUUCGGAACUGCCAACAGCAAAGGCAGAACUUCCAAUCACAACAACGGAAGGAGAGGUGAUGACAACUGAAGGAGGAGUGUCGGUUGAAACAUCGACCACGCCUGAACCAGAAAAACAGAUCACUACCGAACAAUCAGUUAAACCCGAGGAAACUGUGACGACAACUGAGGCUUCAUCUUUCGAAGGGCCCACAGCACUAAAGCCCGAUGAGCGUGUCACUACUGAAUCAACUGUCACCUCGGAACUCCCAACUGAAAGAGAGGUGUCUUCUGAGGCGUCUACAACUGUCAAACCUGAGGAACGAGUAACAACUGAAGGCAUCUCAUCUGAAGCUCCAACAACAGUCAAAUCUGAAGAGAGAACAACAAAAAGUCCGAUUGAUGAACUGCCAACUGCAAAGGCAGAGCUUCCAAUUACGACAACUGAAGAAGAUGUGUCAGUUGAGACAUCAACGACUGUCAGACCAGAGGAGAGAGUCAUUGCUGAAGCAACCACACUCAAACCGGAGGAAAGAAUGACCACUGAAGGUGUAACUUCUGAAGCGACUUCAACGACUCUAAAGCCUGAAGAUGCAGUAACUACAAAGGCUUCAGUUUCAGAAAUGCCAACACCAAAGGCAGAACUUCCUGUGACAACAACUGAAGGAGAAGUGUCAGUUGAAACAUCGACCACGCCUGAGCCAGAGAAGCAGGUGACCACCGAGCCAUCAUCAUCGUCAGUUAAACCCGAGGAAACGGUGACGACAACUGAGGCUGCAUCCUUCGAAGGGCCCACAACACUGAAACCAGAUGAUGAGCGUGUCACUACAGAGUCAACUGCCACUUCUGAGCUUCCAACUGAAGGAGACGUGUCUUCUGAGGUUUCAACAACAACAGCUAGGCCAGAGGGCAAAAUAGAGACCACAGAGGGGGUGCCACUUUUAGUGCCCACCACAGUCAAAUCAGAUGACGGUGUGAUUACUGAAAAAGAACCCGAGGCUACACCAACAACAACAACACCAGAGUCAGAGGAGCGAAAGACUACUACUGCUGCUGCUGUCCCAUCUGUACUAUCAGUCACAACUGAAGGACCUCUUCUUGAGGCUUCAACAACACUCUCACCUGAAGAAAGAGUGACAACUGAGGCGCCAACUUCUGAACUGCCAACAUCAAAGGCAGAACUUCCAGUUACCACGACGGAAGAAGGUGUGCCUCCUUCUGAAGCACCAACAACUGCCAGACCAGAAGAGCGAGUGACGGCUCAAUCAGAUGAACUCUCGACUGAAAAGAGCGAGCUUCCAGUGACAACUGAAAGUGCUCAAACAGAGGUUUCAACGACACUCAAACCUGAAGAAAGGGUAACGAUUGAGGGCAUCUCAUCUGAAGCUCCAACCACAAUCAAGACAACAAAGAGUUCAAUUGAUGAACUACCAACAGCAAAGGCAGAGUUUCCAACAACUGAAAGAGAAGUGUCAGUUGAGACUUCAACGACUGUCAGACCAGAAGAACCAGUCACUGCUGAAACAUCGACAACACCUAAACCUGAUGAUGCAGUGACUACCGAAGCUUCUGUUUCUGAAUUGCCAACAUCAAAGGCAGAGCUACCGGUGACAACAACAGAGGAGUCAUCUGAAGCAUCAACAACUGUCAGACCAGAAGAGAGGGUGAUCACGGAAACUGCUGAACUCUCAACUUCAAAGAGUGAACUUCCAGUGGUAACGGAGACUUCAACGACUUUUAAACCUGAGGACAGAGUUACGACUGAAGGAGUGUCAUCUGAAGCUUCAACUACAGUUAGGUCUGAUGAAGCGACAACAAAGAGUUCAAGUGACGAGUUGUCAACAACAAAGGCAGAGCUUCCAGUCACAACAACAGAAGGAGAAGUGAUAACAACACCUAAACCUGAGGAUAGAGUUACGACUGAAGGAGUGUCAUUUGAAGUUUCAACAACGUCAACUCCUGAUGAGAUGAAAUCACAAAAACCAGUUGAUGAGUUGCCAACAGCAAAGGCAGAACUUCCAGUUAUGACAACAACUGAAGGAGUUGAGCCUUCUGAAGCGGCAACAACUGUUGAACCU